AUGGAGAUUCUGAAAGGUAAAUUUGUGCCUCAAUUCAAAGUUCGUCUGCCCCAAACGACCACAUGGCCGCUCUCCAAGCGCACCAAACGCUACUCUCUUGUUGUCGUUGGCAACUUCAGGGAGAUGUUUCCUGUUUCAUAUAGUAGAUGGAAAACUUUUGAAGUCCAUUGCAAUAAUGAUCAAAAUAUCCAACACGCAGCAGUUCGUAAGAGUGAUAACUUAAAACCAUCUGAAUUCUCUUUCAACCGGCUACAGCCCAGCGAUCAGGACUAUUGUGGAUUACAAAAGCGAAACUUUGGUCGUUUUGUUGCUCGUGAAGCUGUGCUGGAUGAAGAAUAUUGGACAGCAGCAUGGCUGCGAGCAGAAGCUCACUGGGAAUCCUUAUCAUAUAUGCG